AUCUCAUCACCAGCAAGCAGCAUGGCUUCUCACAAUUUGCUCUUCGCUUUCAUUAUCGCCACAGCAGUAUCCUGCUGUUUGGGAGGCGCCGUAUCCGCAGUCCCAGCAGCAGUCUCUGCCGUCCCAGCUGCCAUUCCUGCUGCGUACUCGGUUCCCUACGCAUCAUCUUACACCGCCAGUGUCGUCAACCACGCCAUCGCUGCUCCAGUAGCUGCUGCUCCCGUCCUUCCUACAGCUAGAGUUGCUGCUGCUCCUUUGGCUGCUGCUGCCCCAUAUCUAGCCUCUCCCUAUCUAGCUUCACCCUAUCUAGCUUCUCCCUACGCAGCUGCUCCUGCUCUUGCCGCUUCGCCUUACUUAGCUGCUCCAGCCGUUGCUGCCUCUCCCUACGCGGCUGCUCCCGCCGUUGCUGCUUCUCCCUACGUAGCUGCGCCAGCCGUUGGUGCCUCUCCCUACGUUGCUGCUCCCGCCGUUGCUGCUUCUCCCUACGUAGCUGCGCCAGCCGUUGGUGCCUCUCCCUACGUUGCUGCUCCCGCCGUUGCUGCUUCUCCUUACUUAGCUGCGCCCGCCGCUCGAUUGUUAGGAGCUCCUGCUGCGCCCCUGCUCUUGAAGAAGUAGACAAUUGAUCGAUAGUCUUCUUUUCCUGCUAAUUAUGUACCACAAUAUUCGAAACAAAUAGUUCUGUAAUAAUAUCAAACAUUAUAUUACGCAUAUUUUUGCUCAAAGA